CUGAACGCACCUGUGUUCCACCUGCAGCCAGGCGGAGGUUCAGAUGGGAGGCGGCGGCGUUACUUUGGAGAGGAAGGACCCGAGCAGCAGAGACGCAGACCUUUCCCGGUGUGUCCCCCUGCCUCGGCACCAUGGCUGACCGUGACGUGUCCUCCUGAAAAACACCCGCAUGGCGGCUGUCUCUGAAGCAGCAGGGCUCGCCUGUCGGUGCUGAUCGGGCCUGCCGUCCUGAGCGCUGUGUGCAGCGUCUAGAUGCCUUGGCCGAGAUGAGCGUGAAGGCCUUCGAGCUUGUCCCCGCUGUGGAGCGCCACCUCCUCAUGGGCGACAAAGCUCGCAUCAACAUCGAGUGCAUCGAAUGCUGCGGCAAGCACCUGUACGUGGGCACCAACGACUGCUUCGUCCACCACUUCCUGCUGGACGAGGUCCCUUCCCCCAAAGGCAAGCCGAGCUACUCGGCCCAGAAGCUGCUCCACAAGUACCUCGGCCUGAAGAAGCCGGUGGCGGAGCUGCGAGCCGCCUCCGCCCUGGAGCGCCUGAUCGUGCUCUGCGACGGGGUGCUGUUCCUCGUCGACAUGGUGACCCUGGAGUCCGUCCCCUCGGCGGCCGGCGGCGGGGCCAAGAUCAGGGGCGUGACCACGUUCUGCGUUAACGAGAACCCCGUCAACGGCGACCCGUUCUGCGUGGAGAUGGGCGUGCUGUCGUCCAGGAGGCGGACGGUUCAGAUCUACAUGGUCUACGAGGACAGGGUGCAGCUGGUGAAGGAGGUGAACACCCCCGAGCAGCCCUGCGCCGUCAGCCUCGACGGCUACUUCCUGUGCUUGGCCCUCACCACGCAGUACGUGAUCCUGAACUACAACACGGGGGCUUCGCAGGACCUCUUCCCGUACAACAGCGAGGAGAGGAGGCCCAUCGUGAAGAGGAUCAGCCGGGAGGAGUUCCUGCUCGCAGCUCCUGGGGGUCUCGGGAUGUUCGCCAACGCAGAGGGAGCCUCCCAGCGGGCGCCGGUCAGCUGGUCAGAGGGCGUGAUCGCCGCCGCCGUGUGUUUCCCGUACGUGGUGGCGCUGGACGAGAACUUCGUCACCAUCCACAGCAUGUUGGACCAGCAGCUGAAACAGACGCUUUCUUUCAGGGAUGGACACGUUCUGCAAGAUUUUGAAGGUAAAGUCAUGCUGGCCUCCACUAAGGCGGUGUACGUCUUGGUCCCUCUGCCGCUGGAGAGGCAGAUUCAAGACUUGCUGGCCAGCCACCGCGUGGAGGAAGCACUGGUCCUCACAGAGGGAGCGCAGAGAAAUAUUCCCAAAGACAAGUUCCAGGUUUUGCACAGAAGAAUCCUGCAGCAGGCGGGCUUCAUAAAGUUCGGCCAGCUUCACUUCCUGGAGGCCAAAGAACACUUCAGGAAGGGUCAGCUGGACGUGCGGGAGCUCAUCUCUCUCUACCCCUUGCUGCUGCCAGCUUCCUCCUCGUUCACGCGCUGCCACCCUCCCCUCCACGAGUUCGCCGACCUCAACCAUCUGGCACAAGGUGACCAGGACAAAGUGCUGCGGUGCAAGAAAUUCCUUAUCAGUUAUCUAGGAGAGGUCCGCGGCACAGACGCUGUGAACGGCUGCAGGGAAGACGUGGACACGGCUCUGCUGAAGCUCUACGCCGAGCAGGACCACGACAGCCUGCUGGACCUGGUGGCUUCAGACAACUGCUGCGUGCUGGCAGACAGCGUCCCCUGGCUGGAGAAGUAUCACAAAUAUUUUGCCCUGGGGCUUCUCCAUCAUUUCAACGGUCAGGACGCGGCAGCGCUGCAGCUGUGGAUCCGGAUCGUAGACGGCGAGCUGCGGGACGCCACCAGGUCGGAUCUGUACGACUACGUCGUGGACUUCCUCUGCUGCUCCUCCAACAUGGAGGUCGUGUGGAAGUAUGCGGACUGGGCCCUGCAGAAGGAUCCCACCACAGGGGUUCACAUUUUUACUAGGAGGCCUGCCUGCAAAGGCCAACCAGAGGUGGACCCAGACGAAGUCAUCGCCUACCUGGAGAAGCACAGCCAGGCUCUGCUUCUCUAUUUGGAGCACCUGGUGUUGGAGAGGAAAAUACAGAAAGAGAGGUUCCACACUCACCUGGCUGUGCUGUACCUGGAGAAGGUCGUGCUGUUGCUGGCAGAGUCACCGAGGGAUGAGGGGCGGCUGACCAAAGCCAGGGAGAAGCUCCAGGCCAUGCUCAGGGAGUCCAGCCUGUACCGCGUAAAGUUUCUGUUGGGUAAGCUGGAGAACAGUGAAAACCUGCUGCUAGAGCGCGCGACGCUACACGGGAAACUAGAGGAGCACGACGAGGCCCUGCGCAUCCUGGUGCACGAGCUCAGAGACUUCCCGUCCGCCGAGGCCUUCUGCGUCUGGGCCUCGUCCGGCCGCGACGCCGCGUACCAGCGGCGCCUCUUUCACCUCCUGCUGGCCGUCUAUCUGGACGGCGCGCUGCCCGGAGAAGCCAGAGCGCCGCGCGGCGACGGCAGCGAGAUGGAGAUGGCGGCCGUGGAUCUCCUGAACAGGCACGGCGAGGCGUUCGACGCCGUCCGCGUCCUGCGGAUGCUGCCGGAGAGCUGGUCGCUGCAGCUGCUGCGGCCUUUCCUCAACCGAGCCGUCAGGGCCAGCAUGCACGCCAGCCGCACCGCCAAGAUCGCGCUGGGGCUGGCGCGCUCCGAGAACGUCCAGCUGCUGCACGACAGGCUAAAGGAGCGAAGGAAACCGAUCUUUGUGUCAGAAAAGAAGGGAUGCCACCUGUGCCACAACACCUUCAGUGAGCCUGACGUGGUGUGUCUGCCCGGUGGAGUGCCUGUCCACGUCCACUGCGCCGCGCAGAGAGUAAGAGACUCUCCCACGAAGAGACAGCUAGCCAAUAGCAGCAACCACACGUGAGACUAGGCCCUCCCACCGCUGUCUGACGUACGACUGGAGGCGCUGAGCUGCGGCGGGGUGCGCUGACGCCUCGGGACGGGGCGGCUGCAGGCUGCAGGGAGAAGAAGCAGCGAUGGGGAUCCAGCCUGGAGGGGGGGGGGGGGUUCGGCUCAGCGGGACUGUCUCUUUAAGAACCGCUUCCUCCAGCUGUUUAUUCCUGAGCCGCUGCGCGCCUUCUUCCUGUGUCCGUCUUCACUCAAGAGCUUAAAAAACGGAAAUUGGAGACAUUGAUUUAACAACACAUGAGUUUUUUUUUUUUUAAAGUCCUGUUUCAAAUAUUUCUGAAGCAUGAAAUAAUACCAAAACUGCUGCGGUUCUCGUCCAGUCCGUUUGUACUGUAAUACCGAUGUGUGCGACGCACGUUAGGUUUUGAUGUGAACUACUACAGACACGCUGUCGUGGUUUGUGUCCUUUUCCAAGAGCCGGUGUCUCUGUUGCCCAUCAUCUGAAAUGGAGCCCCCCCUCAUGGUUAAAGUAAAUCCAUUUUAACUUGGCUGUCCACAGCGGCGUCUUCAGUGACCUCCAAACCGGCGCCACAUGCACCACCUAGAAGUCCAGCGGCCUCACAGAACCUUUCCUGGUUCAAAAUACAAAAAAAGGUGGACUUUUGUCAGUCUGCAGCGCAUUGGUAAAUGACACCUUUAACGCCUUUUGUUAGUCAAAUGAGGUGCAGGGAUGGACAGGACCAAAAGUGACUGGUGGCGAAUAAUAAUCGGGGCUGUUUGGAGGCCGAGGCGGCGGCAGCAGUACAAAAAGCUCACAGUUUUAGUGUUGGAAAACUUCAAAAAUGCUCAGUUCCUGCUGGGUCUGAGCGUCACAUUAUUUUCUCACAUUAAUCCCAAACAAACAUAAUUUUAAAGAAAAGAAAAAAACACAUGUUAAACAACUUUUAUUUACUUUGAAUUGGAAAUCUAUAUGACUAACAUUUUAUGGUUACCAACCAUAACUGGAGAAAGACAGAGGAUUUUCUCCAUGUUUGCUUCUUGCUGGCGUAACUCAUGUAAACAUAAAAAAAAAAAAAAACUAUUAUAUAGAAAGGGAGAGCUUGCUGGACCAUUUGGGUUAUAUUUUGGGGACCCUGUGUUUUAUCUACUUUUUUUUUUUUAAGGUCUAACCUUAAACCUAACACUACAACAAAUAAAGGUGAACAAUCUACAUGUCUUAAAUGAAUAAAUCACUAACUGUGUAAAGGUUUCAUAAACUAAAGUCUUAGAUCCCAAUCAAUAAUAAUAAUUUCAAACAAAUUAAUUGAUGUUAUUUCCCAAGUUUUUUCUGUAUUUGGUUUAAAAAAAAUGAGAAAAAUGGGCACAACAGAUGCAACUUUUACGCUGCAGAAAUAAAUGUGACCACACGAUGGCGGUGUUGUGCAACAUGUUUAGGACUCAAUCAGUGCACAGCAGGCCAAGGCUGGGCAGUCGUCAGAUAACGCCAAUGUGUGUUUUAAAUAAGUGAAAGCCUGCUCUCCUGCCUCAUCAGGUGUUCUGGUGACGCACUGCAGAGAACCACUAUCAGACGAAGGUUUCAGCGCAGAUUAUGUUGUUUUGAGCCUAAGGAAAAAAAAAGAUUAAUAAAAAAAAAAAAACUCAGAUCAUUUAUAGCAGGCUUGGUAACACGGUAUCCUCCACUAAGAAAAGGGAAUCAAUUUCUCCCCCGUUUCUAAUGACAGCGUGGCAGUGGGUGCAUAUAACCUCAAAGCUGCUUUUUUUGUUGAUGAUUGCGAAACAAAACCUUUCAUCAUGCCCUGCUCUGAUGGUCCAGGAACAUCCCUGAAUGGCUUAAUACAUCUUGGCUUUCAAUGCGGCCGGGACUUAUGGUUUUGACCUUUGUGCUGUGACACCUCUGUGAGAAAUGGAAACAGAUGGAGGUCAGCUUCUUUUUUUUUUUUUUUUUUUUUUUUUUUCUGUCAUACAGAAACCCUGAACUUCUUUAUCGCCUUGUCAUCAGAGCAAACCACCUUGGCUGUGGCUGCUUUCUCAAUGCUGUGUGUGUGUCGGAUAACGCUGAGGUGUGGCUUGGACGUCAUAAAUGUUGCGUUCCCAGACUGGCAGGAUGCAUUGAUGCAGGCAAACUGUGUGGACUCACUGCAUCAGAGCCAGACUACUUUGUCCUUAGAAAACCUCGUCCAAGGCAACAGAAUGUGCAUUAAAGAAAAAAAGAUAUUUGAAGCCGUUAUUCCAUUCUGCAGUUUAAAAGUUUUUUUUUUUUUUUGUCCAAAGAGUUUGAGCUGUAGCUUGUUGAAAAGGUCUUCACAUCUUGACUUCACGUCGCCUAAAAAAGCAAAACAUCUGCAAAGUUGUAUGAAAAGUGUAAGUGAAAAUUGUAUCUUAUAAAUAAUGUGCAUAGUGGGGUGUAAAUACCGCCUUUGUACGCGUUUUGUUGCUUUCUAAAUCGAUGCCGCUGUGGAUGGAGUGUAAACGCAGCUAAUCCGUCCCGUUUUAAUAAACAUGAAUUUCAGCUCCGACUCAAA